AUUACUACUGAUUAUGGCUUCAUCUUAACGAGGCCUCUAAUCAUAAAGAGACAUUCUUGUUGGUGAACAUUUCUGGAAGUUUCAAAAAUAAAAUUCCCCGUGUUUGUGCAUUCGAGGGGCGAUCAGCCGUGUUCAAUGACAGACAGCUCUAGCCACUGUUUGCGUGCGUAUUUUCUCUCCAUCUGUGGACUGUGUGUGUUCUGGGUGGGGACUGAGAUCCUCCAAAAACACACACACACACAGCGUAAGUCAGCCUCAGCAGCUGCAGCCACAUCUCAGGCCUGCGAAGCGGAUUUAGUUGGAUCCAGACGAACAGAACAUUGAAUCCUUUGGGUAUCGCUCUAAAACAAGGGCAGGGAUAAGACGAGUAUGUGACGCAGGCUUAAAGCAGGGUAUAGGUGUUCAAGAAAUGAGUGAGGAGGGGCAGGUGUCUGAGGACAUGCCUGCACACCUCGACGACAACCCAGAAGCUACAGACAACAACAAAGGUCACCCGCAGACACAGCCGGGCAUGUUCGGCAGGUUGGCGGGGGGCUUGUAUGGCGCAACCAAGGGAGCCAUAGGAGCCACAGUGGGAGGGGUGACAUGGAUAGGAGGAAAGAGCCUGGACCUCACCAAAACCGCUGUCACCUCUGUAGCUGCCGUGCCUGCAGUGGGAGUGGGCCUGGUCAAAGGGGGAGUGUGUGCAGUAGCCGGAGGAGUCUCCGCUGUCGGUUCUGCAGUGGUUAGCAAAGUUCCCAUAGGAGGAGGCAAAAAGAAAGACAAGUCUGACUGACGGCGAUGAAAGCGAUCACACACACCUCAGCUUCAUCUGUGUUUACUUGUCUAAGGCAUAGUAGAGCGAAUAAGGACUCUUUCAGGGGGCAAUGUUGGUGAGGGAUCUGUCGUUUUUGUUUCCAUGUUAUUUGUUUGGGUGGUUAUAAACCCACAUUUAUGCAAUUAUGAACCUACAUUCACUCCAAGUAUUUAUGCAAAAAACAUAUCACGCUAUUAUCAUGAAGGCCUGCAAAUGUUUCUUUAUUUUUCCUAUUAAGCCAUGACGCUGUUUUUACCAUAAACUGCUGACUCUGUUACAUUGGGGUAAAUAAACAGUUGAGAGUGUAAAGGCACUUAAAUCAUACUUGCAGGACAAUCUAAUAAAUAUUAAUCUAUAGUUGACACAAGAUGUUUAUGGGGGUUUGGAAACAUUUCACUUACUUCAAACUGGAAAUUAGUACAGUAUAACAGUGGAGUCCAGUUUUAUUGAUGUCUGAUCGUGUCUGUAUUAAUAGAUUGCUCUUUAGUGGUUAUAUUCUCAGCUCUUCAGGAGGUAACUUGUACUUUUGAUACAGUAAACAGUUUAUUAAAAUAAAUGUGCCUGUAGAAAAGUCAGUAUUUCUAUUAUGUGAUAAACUUGAUCUCCUUUCAUAGUGUAUUUGUAUAUUUACAUAGUUACUGUGACUCGUGACUCCAAACAAAGUAUGUUAACAUGUCUCUCUUUAAAAAUGAAAACUUUUACUCUGAUGGCUCAAAAUACCAAAAAAAAACUUUUAUUGCACUGUUGUCAGUGUUUUCCCAAUGCUCCUCUGUGGUGUUUACGUCUGUUGCAAUCUCAUAGGGUGGAGUACAUUUUUAAGCUGACAAACCAUUAAAAUUACAGUUAUGUGAUUCAUUUAUAUCCAGCCUUAUUUGUUUAGUUUUGGUUUAGAAAUCCAGAAGUACAAAGAAAUAGUAAUAACAAUCCAAAUGUCUGUAAAACCAGCAGGGACUGUGUUGUGUAAGUACUCUUGUGAUGACACCACAUUGUAAACCACUUUAGGGCUCUAUAAAUUCAUUUGACCCGAUGCAGCGACCCAUAUUGCUCCUCUAUAGGUAAUAAUAAUCUGAACAAGGAAACCAGUGUUGGCAAAGCAAAAAACUGGUGCAGUUUCUUAUCCAUGGAUCUAUUCAUCAUCUUUCCUCCACAUUUAGUGUUGAGCUGGGGGCCACAAAAGUAAACAUCUGGAAAAUGAAACGUCUGUAGCAGUUUGGGAAGUGCAAAGCAGGAGGAGGACUGAAGGCAGUGAGAGGUUUAUUUGUUGACAAUGAAAUAAAGCUGAAUAUGGAA